UCCUCCUCCCAAGGCUCGUCGGCGUCGGCGGCGGCGGCGGCAGCGAUGGGCAAGACGAAGGGGAAGCAGAGGCAGGACAAGUACUACCACCUCGCCAAGGAGCAGGGGUACCGGAGCCGGGCGGCGUUCAAGCUGCUGCAGCUGGACGCGCGCUUCCGCUUCCUCCCGACGGCGCGCGCCGUGCUCGACCUCUGCGCGGCGCCGGGCGGGUGGGUCCAGGUGGCCGUCAAGCACGCGCCCGUCGGCGCCUUCGUCGUCGGCGUCGACCUCGUGCCCAUCCGCCCCAUCCGCGGCGCGCACUCCCUCACCGAGGACAUCACCACCUCCAAGUGCCGCUCCUCGGUCCGCAAGCUCAUGGACUCCAGGGGCGUCGCCGCAUUCGACGUAGUCCUCCACGACGGCUCCCCCAACGUCGGCGGCGCCUGGGCGCAGGAGGCCACCACGCAGUCCGCGCUCGUCAUCGACGCCGUGCGCCUCGCCACAUACUUCCUCGCACCCAAGGGCGCGUUCAUCACCAAGGUCUUCAGGUCUCAAGAUUACAAUGCGAUCAUGUUCUGUCUUAAACAGCUAUUUGAGAAGGUUGAGGUGACCAAACCUCAAGCGAGUCGUGGCACAUCUGCUGAAAUUUAUAUUAUCUGUCUGAAAUAUAAAGCCCCUGCCAAGAUUGAGCCUGAACUUCUUGAUAUCAAGCACUUAUUCAAUGUGGAAAAUGAGAAGAAGAUGCCCAGGGAUGUACUUACUACUAAGAAAGACAAAAGAAGCCGUGAAGGGUACGAGGAAGGAGUCACGGUAUUGGAGAAAGUCGGCCUGGCGUCAGAUUUUAUAUUUUCCGAGGCCCAGACACCACUGGAAUUUCUUGGUUCUGUUACUAAAAUUUCAUUUGAUGAUCCAGCAUCUCUGCCUCUCAAGAAUCAUGAGAUUACUACAGAGGAGAUAAACAAGCUUUGUGAGGAUUUACGUGUGCUGGAUAAAAAUAGCUUCAAGCAUAUUUUGAAGUGGCGCAUACGCUUAAGGAAAGCACUGUCGUCAUCAUCACAAGUUACACCAAAGGCUGCUGUUACUGCAACGGAGUCUAAAGUCAUAGAUGAUGACCAACUUUUACAGGAAAUGGAAGAAUUGACUAGUGUCAUUGACAGAAAGAAAAGGCAAGAUAAGAAGCGCCAAUCAAGGCGAAAAGCAAAGGAUAAAGCACGCAAGGCAACAGGAAUGCAAAUCGAUGCUACAGAAGAAGGAUAUGGUGAUCCUGAUUUGUUCUCUAUUAAUGCUAUCAAGGGUGGAAAAGAACUAAAAGCUGUUGAGUCAGCAGAGUUUGAUGUGGAAGAUGGCUCUGGAGACAGUGAGAAUGAAGCGACUCAAACUCAUGAAGACUCUGAUGAGGAAAUGGAUUCUGAUGAAGAACAACAGAGGUAUGACGCUCAACUUGAGGAUAUACUCGAUGAAGCUUAUGAGCGUUUUAUGACGAAAAGAGGUGGAGAAGUAAAACAAGAACGCAAACGUGCCAAGCGAGUCAAUACUGAUGCUGAUGCAGAUUUGUUAGAGGGAGGUGAAGAUGAUGGUGAGGAUGUUGACAUGGAUGAUGAAGGUUCUGACGAAGAUCAAGAUGAAGAUGAAGAGGCCAACCCCCUUUUAUUGCGUCUAGAUGCUGAGAAGCGAACAAAAGAUGAGAUUGUAGACCAGUGGUACAGUCAGGAUGUGUUCGCGGAUGCAGGAACUGGCCUAGCUGAGCAGAGUGACAGUGACGAUGAAAGAGAGAAACCACGCAAGAAUAUGAAAAAGAAGAUUGAUUCAGGAAAUAAGGAGAAGCCUGCUAAAGCACAGACAGAUUUAGGAAAGAAGGAGAAACCGACUAAAGCUGCUCAGCGCUUGCAACAAGAUGAUAUUGAGAUGGUACCAGUAGAACCAGUCCGAACUGAAGAUGAUUCCGACUCUUCUUCGUCUUCCGAUGAGUCAGAACCAGAAGAGGACCUCGACGAUGACCAGAAGGCUGAAGUGCUGGCCUAUGCACAUAAGAUGCUGAGGAAGAAGCAAAGGGAGCAGAUACUAGACGAUGCCUACAACAGGUACAUGUUUGAUGACGAAGGACUGCCCAAAUGGUUUGCGGAAGACGAGAAGAGGCAUACCCAGGCUAUGAAACCUAUAACGAAAGAGGAGGUAGCUGCCAUGAAGGCCCAGUUUAGGGAGAUCGACGCCCGGCCGUCCAAGAAGGUGGCUGAGGCCAAGGCCCGGAAGAAGCGCGUCGCCUUGAAGAAGCUGGAGAAGGCGCGGCAGAAGGCGGACAUUGUUGCGGACCAGAGCGACAUCAACGAGCAGUCCAAGGCAAAGAUGAUUGACAAGAUCUACAGGAAGGCGGUGUCGACGCAGAGGCCCAAGAAGGAGUAUGUCGUCGCCAAGAAGGGGGUCCAGGUGAGGACUGGCAAGGGGAAGGUGCUGGUGGACCCACGGAUGAAGAAGGACAAGCGGGCAGAGAAGGCAGGGAAGAAGAAGGGGAAGGGGAAGGGUGGCAAGGGUGGUGCCAAAGGCGGGAAGGGAAAGAAGGGUGCCGCGGGUGGUGGCCAGAAGAAAGGAGGCAUGAGAGGUAAGGCUGGCGGCAAAGCUUGACGUUGAGACAAGGUCUGGACGAGCAAGGCAUGACUGGUGCUGAAAUUUUGUCUGUCCAGUGUCUCCGCAGGUUUAGUUUUGCCUGUCCAGCUAUAGCUAGCCGGCAAGUUGGAUAUCUACUGUUGUGUUAUUA